ACUCAUUGAAAGUACCUGAUUAUUACUUUCAGGCUGUCAUAAUUGUUUUACAAAAUUUUAAAUGUUAUUCUUUGAAUAAGCUGAUUAAAACAAAAUUUUGGAUCGAAUAAAAUGUGCUGUCCUAUAAAAUGGUUUUUGAUUUAAAAACUGCCAAUAACCUUCCACAAUCCAGCACAAGCAGUUGCACGGAUUAUUUUUAUGAUGGAUGCCAUAGUAAAAGUCAAAAUAAUUGCCACAUUCAAUACCAAAAUUGCCAAUGUCGUCCCUGUUGUAUAAAUUCUGUGAUAAACGAUCACACCUAUUCACUGUUAAAAAAAAUUUGCAGAAAAGUAUUUAGAGAUUACAAUCGACAAAAGAGCCGAGAGAAGUAUACAAUUUUCGACGGAGGAAACAGCGUUAAUGUCAGAAUACAUCGAUCAUCCUUUGUGCCAGGAGAAGACGGCAAAUGUAAGCCUCUACAUGCUGACUCCAGUUUAUCAACCCUUGGUGGAACCAGACGGAAAUAUGGUAAAGAUAGAGAUAGAAAAGAUGACAACAUCUCAGAAAAAAGUGGAAAAGGUGCUGGUAUAAGAAAAAAUGGGGAAAAGGGUAGAUUUCGGCGAAGUGAUGAAAUUAUUGAUACGAAACGCGAUAGAAAAAAAAGAGGACAAGAUAAUGAAGAUGAAAAAUAUGGAAAAGGACGAAAAGGAAAGGAAAAAGGUAAAGGGUAUGACGAUGAUAGCGACGAUACAAAAAGGCGCCAAAAGCGUAGAGGAAAGGGAGAUGAUGACGAUUAUUAUGGUGAUAGUAAGAAGAAAAAAGAAAAAAUAGGUAAAAGUAAACUAACUGAGGAUGGCGAGAAACGAAGUGCAUCCCAGAGCGGAAAAGCAACAUCUGGAAGAAAAAAGUAUGGUGUUCAUGGUGAUGGUGAUAGAAAGGACAGUGAAUCGCUUGAUGAUAAAAUAAGCAAGAAAAAAUCAGACAAAAUGAAAAAAAAUAGAGGAAGCGAAGAUAACGAUUAUGAUAGUUCUCGAAAUAUAGAAAAAUUAGAUAAAAGAAGUAAAAAACGUGAUGGUGAUGAAGAAAGUAGAACUGGAGCUAAAGAAGGAAAGAAUAAGCAGCAAAGAGGAAGUAAAGAAGAUGAAAAACGUAGCAAGGACAGGGAUGGUGGGAAAAUGCGAGAUGGAGUUUCUAGAGAUGACGGUAAAGACAGCAGAGAUCGGGAUUAUCAAGGAAAUACUAGCAAAGAUGCAGGAAAAAGUAGACGUGAUCGCGAAGCCCAAAACAAAGAUGGUGUUAAUAAGGCCGAUUACGGUCCAAAAGGCGAGAACAAGAGUGGCAAAGAACGUGAUCAUCAAGAUAAAGUUGGCAAGAUUAUGAGAUAUAAAGAUAAUCGAUAUUCCAGUACUAGAUAUGACCAUAACGGGAGCAAAAGUGGCGGAUAUCGCGAUAAUCAAAUGAAAGGUAGCAAGUAUGGCGAACAAAGAGAUGACCGGUAUUCCAGUGCGAGGAAAGAUCAUGAUGCCGAUCGUAAAAGAAAAGAUGUAGCUGAUUUACCCGUUAUAUCGGAUUUACGUACUAAAGUUCGUAAAGGACAUGACGUAAUGCCUGUUCGUAAGUCUCGAAUUGGAGCAAAUGGGUAUCGUUCAAGUGCACUUAAAGAAGGAGGGCGCAAAAGGAAAGUAAGCAAGCACGGACUUAUCAAAGGUAGUAAAGAUCGCAUUAAUGAACGAUUCGGGACUAGAAGAAGGAGGAAAUCCCGAUCAGGCAGAGGACGUAGAACUCAUUUUGGCACAUAUCGCGGUUAUGGCAUUGGGGUCUCAAGUCGUUGCGAUGAAAUUAGGCCAUGUGAUAUACUACGUGCUCAUAUGGAACAACGUGAACUUUGUGAAAGACGAAGAAAUUGUUGCCUUCAAUGUUCCUGUGACUGUAGUGCUGUUUACUGCCCAGUUCCAUCUACUAUUUGUUCCCGCUUAUGUUAGAAUAUCUCUUCAAAUUUUAUAUUAUGUAUUGUAAUAGCUACACUUUCCAUCUCUAUAAAAUAAAUUAUUAGUGACCUAGGUUACAAUAUAUAUAUUUAAAUAUGGUUAGUAUUUGA